AUGCUCAACACGGCCCCGAGUUCGGUUAUCGGCAGGGAAGCAAUAUCCAAAAACUACAAUCAAGUCAAUCAAGAAAAUGUAGAGUCGAGAGCGGGGUCAGGGGCUGAGUCCCAUAUAGAGGACCACCCCUACCAAGUGUCCUUUAAAGUGGACAAUACCUAUUACUGCGGAGGCUUUAUGGUUGGCGAGAGAGAAGUCAUAACGCCCGCUCACUGCACUUAUGGUGUAAGUCCUAAGCAAGUGACCCUGAGGGCUGGUAGCUCGUUCCUCGAUGAAGGCGGCGUCGUCAUCCCUGUUGCAGAAGUGGUAACGCAUCCAGAGUACAACAACCCCGCAUUUGACAAGGACGUUGGGUACAUGAUCACCGCCGAACCCAUCAUAUUCAGUGAAACUAUCCAGCCUAUUGCCUUACCCCCUAGAGACAGACCAUUGAAUGGGGAAAUACUCGUCAGUGGAUGGGGAACCAGGAAGGGAGAGGUAACCACUAUACCCAGUAGAGUUAUGAAGACUAUGGCAAGGGUUAUGGAUGAAAUGCAAUGUAGGGUUGCUUAUCCGACCCUCAUGACGAGAAACAAGGCCUGCUCCACCAAUUUCUUCCUGUCUCGAGGAUCCACUUGUCAGCGUGAUACGGAAGGAACGGCUAUUCAAGACGGCAUGGCGGUGGCUUUAGUGACAUUCACAGGAGUCUGCCACGAGUUGUCUCCGAGCGUUUUCGCCGAUCUCGCCGCUCCUGAAAUCCGCGACUUCUUUACUGAACAUCUUGAUUUGCUUAGCUACUUUCCAGCAGUCAUGUGGUUUAACGUACUGUGCAGUGUUGUGUUUGUCUCUGGGUUUUGUGCUUCUGAGAUUAUUCUAUCAGAGAAGUAUCAAUUAUUCGAGAAUAACCGAGUAGUGACAAAGGUGGAUGACCGGAUAGUAGGGGGAGAAGAAACCAGCAUAGAAGACCAUCCUUACCAAGCGUCCUUUAUAGCGAACAACUCCUUCUUCUGCGGGGCAUUCAUUGUUAGCCCAGACUACGUACUAACUGCUGGGCACUGCGCGCAGAACGUUGACCCGUCUCAAGUGGUCCUAAGGGUUGGAAGUUCAUAUCGCCAGAACGGUACGAUUAUACGUAUAACAGAAAUAGUCCCGCAUCCUGAGUACGACAACCCUCCAUAUGAUAAGGACGUCGCGUACAUGAAGACUGCCGAGCCCAUACAGUUCAGCGAAACUGUCCAGCCUAUCGCUUUACCUCCUUUGAACAGACCUGUGACAGGUGAUAUUGUGGUUACUGGAUGGGGAAGAACACAGCAAGGCUCCAAAUUACCAAACAGACUAAUGAAAGUACAGUUGCCAGUGGUUAACUAUUGGCAGUGCCUAUUCGCUUACCCGUUCAUUCUCACCAGGAACAUGGUGUGUGCGGGAAACUUCUUCCUGGGAGGAACAGGGACUUGUCAGGGCGAUUCUGGUGGUACAGCAAUACAAAAUGGGACAGCAGUCGCCAUAGUCUCAUUCGGCAAGGGUUGUGCAGCACCCUUCGCUCCGUCCGUCUUCGCCUACAUCGCUUCGCCAGCUAUACGUAACUUUAUAUCUAAGAACACUGGACAUAUUAUUUUAUCAGAGAAGUAUCCAUUGCUCGAGAGUAACAGAAUAUUGACAAAGGCGGACGACCGGAUCAUAAAUGGUCAAGAAGCCGACAUAGAGGACUUUCCUCACCAAGUGUCCUUCGUAGGGAAGGAGAGUUUCUUCUGCGGGGGAUUUAUUGUCAGCAAAAACUAUAUACUAACUGCUGGACACUGCGCACAGGAUCUCAAGCCCUCACAAGUACUCCUAAGGGCUGGAAGCUCAUUCCGUCAGAACGGUACAAUUAUACCUAUAGCAGAAGUCGUCCAGCACCCUGAGUACAACGACCCUCAGUUUGACCACGAUGUCGCGUAUAUGAGGACUGCUAAGCCCAUACAGUUCAGCAACACUAUCCGACCUAUCGCUUUACCUCCUCUGGACAGAACUGCGACAGGUGAAAUUGUGGUGACUGGAUGGGGAAGAACACAGCAAGACAUCAACAUACUGCCAAGCAGACUAAUGAAAGUGACGUUGCCGAUAGUUAACCGUAUGGAAUGCUUAAUAGCUUACCCGAUGGGUAUAACUAGGAACAUGUUGUGUGCAGGAAACUUCUUCUUUGGAGAAGAAGGAGCUUGCCAGGGUGAUUCGGGUGGCUCAGCAAUACAAGAUGGCAUGGCAGUGGGCAUAGUCUCCUUCGGAAAGGGUUGCGGCCAACCCAUGGCUCCUAACGUCUUUACGAAUAUUGCCGCACCAGCGAUACGCAACUUCAUAUCUAACCACACUGGACUUUAA